UGCAGGAAGGAAAAUUUAUGGCUUGCUUUAGAGCAGGGGUCUCCAAACUUUGUAAACAAAGGGAGUAGAAAAAGUCCUGGUGUCAGUGGCAGUAAAAAGUGGCCCAUGACUGGUGGCAGUGGGAGGAAUAGUGUCACACUAUUGGUAUCAGCGGGAGGAAUAGUGUCACACUACUGGUAUCAGUGGGAGGAAUAGUGCCCCACCAUUGGUAUCGGCGGGAGGAAUAGUGCCCCAUCAUUGGUAUCAGCGGUAGGAAUAGUGCCUCAUCAUUGGUGUCAGUGGGAGGAAUAGUGCCCCAUCAUUGGUAUCAGUGGGAGGAAUAG